AUGGUGUCUCAGCGUCCCCUGGUGUCUCAGUGUCCCAUGGUGUCUCAGUGUCCCCUCAGUGUCCCCUGGUUUCUCAGUGUCCCCUCAGCGUCCCCUGGUUUCUCAGUGUCCCCUCAGCAUCCCAUGGUUUCUCAGUGUCCCCUGGUUUCUCAGUGUCCCCUCAGUGACCCAUGGUGUCUCAGUGUCCCCUCAGCGUCCCCUGGUUUCUCAGUGUCCCCUCAGCAUCCCAUGGUUUCUCAGUGUCCCCUCACGUCCCCUGGUGUCUCAGCGUCCCCUCAGCGUCCCCUGGUGUCUCAGUGUCCCCUCAGUGUCCCAUGGUGUCUCAGUGUCCCCUGGUUUCUCAGCAUCCCCUCAGCGUCCCCUGGUGUCUCAGCGUCCCCUCAGCGUCCCCUGGUGUCUCAGUGUCCCAUGGUGUCUCAGUGUCCCCUGGUUUCUCAGUGUCCCCUCAGUGUCCCCUCAGUGUCCCCCUCAGUGUCCCCUGUGUCUCAGUGUCCCAUAGUGUCUCAGUGUCCCCUGGUUUCUCAGUGUCCCCUCAGCGUCCCCUGGUGUCUCAGUGUCCCCUCAGCGUCCCCUGGUUUCUCAGUGUCCCCUGGUGUCUCAGUGUCCCAUAGUGUCUCAGUGUCCCCUGGUUUCUCAGUGUCCCCUCAGCAUCCCCUGGUUUCUCAGUGUCCCAUGUUGUCUCAGUGUCCCAUGGUGUCUCAGUGUCCCAUGUGUCCCCCUCAGUGUCCCCUGGUGUCUCAGUGUCCCAUAGUGUCUCAGUGUCCCCUGGUUUCUCAGUGUCCCCUCAGCGUCCCCUGGUGUCUCAGUGUCCCCUCAGCGUCCCCUGGUUUCUCAGUGUCCCCUGGUGUCUCAGUGUCCCAUAGUGUCUCAGUGUCCCCUGGUUUCUCAGUGUCCCCUCAGCAUCCCCUGGUUUCUCAGUGUCCCAUGUUGUCUCAGUGUCCCAUGGUGUCUCAGUGUCCCAUGGUGUCUCAGUGUCCCCUCAGUGUCCCAUGUGUCCCCUGGUUUCUCAGUGUCCCCUCAGCGUCCCCUGGUUUCUCAGUGUCCCCUCAGCGUCCCAUGGUUUCUCAGUGUCCCCUGGUUUCUCAGUGUCCCCUCAUGUCCCCUCAGUGUCCCCUGGUUUCUCAGUGUCCCCUCAGCGUCCCCUGGUUUCUCAGUGUCCCCUCAGCGUCCCAUGGUUUCUCAGUGUCCCCUGGUUUCUCAGUGUCCCCUCAGUGA